AUGGGUGGAAGUGCAGUUGCUUAUGAUUGGGAAGUUACUACUAAUGAAAAACAGACACUAGUCCUGCUUGGUAGAACGGGUAACGGCAAAAGUGCCACAGGCAAUUCCAUACUUAAUGUCAUUGACACCCCUGGAUUGUUUGAUUUUACUGGUGAGCCUGAAGUUAUAGGAAAAGAAAUUGUUAAAUGCAUGGAGUUGGCCAUGGAUGGGAUCCAUGCUGUUCUUUUGGUUUUGUCCGUGCGAACACGCUUCUCUAGAGAAGAACUAGCUGCCAUCCAAAGCUUUCAAGAGUUCUUUGGUGAAAAAAUUAGAGAUUAUAUGAUUGUUGUCUUCACUGGUGGUGAUGAACUUGAAGAUAGUGAUGAGUCUUUAAAGUAUUAUUUGUAUUAUGUACCAUUACAGGAAACAAUUAAGUUGUGUGAUGACAGAGUUGUGCUAUUUGAUAAUAAGACUAAAGAUCCAAAGAAGAAAGAAGAACAAUUGAACCAACUUCUUUCGCUUGUGACUCUUGUUUUAGAUAAGAAUAGUGGAGUACCAUAUACAAAUGAAUUGUUCAAGCAACUAAAGGCAUUGAAGGGUAAUUCCUUGAUUGGUGAUGGGGUAAAUCAGUUGAAUGAACCAAUUGUAAUGUCUUACGAGGAGCAUUUAAAAAAACUGACUGAAGCUGUUACAUCGAUGCUAAAGGAGAUUACACAUACAUAUUUAGAACAGUGGGCUACUGACCGUGCUGAUAGGAUAGCAGAAAAACAGAAAUCUGAAGCAGCUCACGCGAAAUUUGAGGAUGAUAUGCGUGUGUUGAGAGAUCAUUUAGAGCAUGUUCAAAGUGACUCUGGGAAAUGGGGAUGUCACAUUUUAUAAUUCAUAAGUGCUUCGCUUUGUAAACUCAGAUCCAAUCGAGCGAUACUCAUGAUGUGUGGUGCGUUUUUAAUUUGCUAAUUGCUGGUAAAUGGUGAACAUGAAUACUUGCAUAUGCUGCUUGGGUGAACAUUCAUACUUCGUUAAUCUAUCCAAGAUAUGCUGUUGUGAUUUUGGUUGAAUGAGGUCACAUUAUGCAACAUUGUUGAAAGACUUUUGGAUGGAGUAUAACUUCAUAGUAUAAAGUGAUCAGGUGCACUUUGCCAAUUUGUUCAUAAUU